AUGGUUGGCGCUCGAAUCAGGAUCACAGACAACCCGCAAGCAGAAAAACCUCAAGAUAUCAUCAAGAAACGCCCCGCUUCAGCUAGCAAAGACGAGCCGCCAUCUUCCAAGUCAACUUUGCCUCGACCUACUCCGCCUGCACCGCUUCCGCCACCGAUGACGCUGUUGGGAGGCCUGCGCAGGGGUUACGUGCCUGUUAGGAGGCGGAAUCCCAGCGGCGGUCUCCAAUCGAGUGGUCAGAUUAGCCCGAGUGACGGCACCCGCCGCCGUCAACUGCGCGGUCGUGACAGGCAGGCUGAGGAGGAGGAUGGCGAGGCUGGCAUGACCGAAGCUGGCAUGACCGAAGCUGGAGUGACCGAAGCUGGAGUGACCGAGGCUGGGAAAUCCAAAACAAGCCCCGAGCUGUACUAUAACGGAGGGGCUGUUAUUGUGGAUCCGGUCGUCUACCUCAUCUACUACGGCACGUGGCCUGAGAAUUCCGGAGCUGCCGUUAUCGAGAAUUUCGUGCAGUCACUGGGAGGGAACGCGAGCAGGCAGGGGGGGCCGAGGGGUGAGAGCAGCGUGAGCGACUGGUGGGCGAUCACCACGCAUUACUUCAUGACACGGGCUGACCGCAAGCUGGCAUACGUCACUCCUAAGGUUCGGUUUGGCGGCUCGGUAGUGGACCGGGGCUCCAUCGGCCAUUCCUUCUCCGACACCGAGAUUGCCAGGAUCCUCCCCUGGUCGCUCUCCUUCCCCUUCCCCACCUCGCCCAACGUCCAGUUGUCAAUAGCAACGUGGGCAAGGACAACAGAUUGCCACGUGGGCAAGGACAACAGAUUGCCGUCCGAUCCAAGAGGGAUCGACAUCGUGAUCACAAGUGCUGGCGUUCCCUCCACUCCACGUGCCUCCAUCUCAACCCCUUCAGCCCGCCCUCCUCGAUGUCCUCUUCUUGCCCUUUCCCCGAAGAGAAUUUUUGUCCGACCCCUCACUUACGCCCUUCGAUCCCUUCCUCUUCUCUCCCCCCACCCUCCAGUUGUGGAUCGCAACGUGGGCAAGGCCAACCGGCUGCCGUCCGAUCCGAGCGGGAUCUACAUCGUGAUCACGAGUGCUGACGUGGACGUGUGGGAGUUCAGCCGCUGCAGCUACUGCGGGUGGCACGCACAGAUGAUGGACAUGCGCACCGGGAGCCCUGUGGCAUACGCAUUCGUGGGGCACCACUCGCUGUGCUGCCAGUACAGCAAGUAA